AUGUCCUCCCUUGGCCAACAACAGCAUCACCCAAAAGAAACUAUGGCCGCGAAGCUGAUCGAUAGACGAUUCCACAAUGUCCCAGGCAAACUCCGGGUGGCCGAGCUGUUCUUCGACGUCCCCGUAGACUACAGCAAACCCAACGAGGGCACACUGAAGCUCUUUGCCCGUAGUGUCAGUCGGCUGAACAAGCCCGUCGAGGCCAAGAAGGAAGAAAAUAAACUUCCCUGGUUGCUUUACCUGCAAGGUGGACCGGGACAUGGAUGCGGUGCCCCGCAGAAUUACGGCUGGAUUGAACCGGUGCUGAACAAGGGGUACCAAAUCCUCUUCCUGGACCAACGGGGGACCGGUCUUAGCUCAACUAUCACGGCGGGUACUCUCGCUCUCCAGGGUGAUGCCAUUAAACAGGCAGAGUAUCUUAAGAACUUCCGCGCGGACAAUAUCGUGCGUGACUGCGAGGCGGUUCGUCAUUGCCUGACGAAAGACUACCCCGCGGACCAGCGCAAAUGGAGUGUCCUCGGCCAAAGUUUUGGUGGCUUCUGCAUCGUGACUUACCUAUCAAAAUUCCCGGAAGGUCUGAAGGAAGCAUUUAUCACUGGCGGACUCGCUCCACUGGUUUCCGGGCCAGAUUCAGUCUACCAGCGAACCUACGAAAAAGUGGAAGAGAGAAACAGGGCGUACUACGCCAAGUACCCUGAAGACGUUGACCGAGUGAAGAAGAUCAUACAAUAUCUGAAGGAGAACACCCCGGCUUUGCCCUCCGGAACACUCACCCCUGCUCGCUUCCAGCAGUUAGGUAUCGUAUUUGGAGUGCAUGGUGGGAUUGGUGCUCUGCAUGAUAUCGUCGUGCGAGCCACCAAUGACCUAGAGAUAUUCGGCUCCCUCACUUACCCGACUCUGUGCACAAUUGACGGCUAUGGUGGCUACGAUAAGACAAUCCUCUAUGCUGUCUUGCAUGAAGCGAUCUAUUGUCAAGGACAAGCAUCGCUUUGGUCUGCGGACCGACAACGGGCCGGCAAUGCACGCUUCCAACUAGACUCGGAGACGCGUGAGAUCUUCUUUACUGGAGAGAUGAUCUACAAAGACAUGUUCGAGUCGUACACCGAACUCAGGCAAGUGCGAGAGGCUGCGGACAUCAUCGCCAGAGUUGACAACUGGCCCGCUCUCUAUGACGAGGCCCAACUUGCUAGGAACGAGGUGCCGGUCUAUGCUGCAACUUAUUUUGAUGACAUGUUCGUCGACUUCGAUCUGGCGACGAACACUGCCGCCCGGAUCAACGGGACCAAGCAGUUCAUCACCAAUACCAUGUACCAUGAUGCCCUGCGCAGUAAGUCUGGCGAGGUGAUCCAGCAGCUCUUUGAUCUGCGGGAUGAUUCGAUAGACUAG